CGCAGCCCCGGGGGAUGCGCCGCCCCAAGCCGCUGCCCUCGCCGCCGCCGCAGCGUCAGCCGCAGCGGGCCCGGAGCAGGUAGAUGGCCCCCACAGGGCAGGCCCUGCGGACACCCCUCCCUCAGGCUGGCGGAUGCAGUGCCUAGCGGCUGCUCUUAAGGACGAAACCAACAUGAGUGGGGGAGGGGAGCAGGCCGACAUCCUGCCGGCCAACUACGUGGUCAAGGAUCGCUGGAAGGUGCUGAAAAAGAUUGGGGGCGGGGGCUUUGGUGAGAUCUACGAGGCCAUGGAUCUGCUGACCAGGGAGAAUGUGGCCCUCAAGGUGGAGUCAGCCCAGCAGCCCAAGCAGGUCCUCAAGAUGGAGGUGGCUGUGCUCAAAAAGCUGCAAGGGAAAGACCACGUGUGCCGGUUCAUCGGCUGCGGCCGGAAUGAGAAGUUUAAUUACGUGGUCAUGCAGCUCCAGGGCCGGAACCUGGCAGACCUGCGCCGCAGUCAGCCGCGAGGCACCUUCACGCUGAGCACCACGCUGCGGCUGGGCAAGCAGAUCCUGGAGUCCAUCGAGGCCAUCCACUCCGUGGGCUUCCUGCACCGCGACAUCAAGCCGUCGAACUUUGCCAUGGGCAGGCUGCCGUCUACCUACCGCAAGUGCUACAUGCUGGACUUCGGGCUGGCCCGGCAGUACACCAACACCACGGGGGACGUCCGGCCCCCUCGGAAUGUGGCCGGGUUUCGCGGGACUGUUCGAUACGCCUCAGUCAACGCCCAUAAGAACCGGGAGAUGGGCCGCCACGAUGACCUGUGGUCCCUCUUCUACAUGUUGGUGGAGUUUGCAGUGGGCCAGCUGCCCUGGAGGAAGAUCAAGGACAAAGAGCAGGUAGGGAUGAUCAAGGAGAAGUAUGAGCACCGGAUGCUACUGAAGCACAUGCCCUCCGAGUUCCACCUUUUCCUGGACCAUAUCGCCAGCCUCGACUACUUCACCAAGCCUGAUUACCAGUUGAUCAUGUCAGUGUUUGAGAACAGCAUGAAGGAGCGGGGCAUCGCCGAGAACGAGGCCUUUGACUGGGAGAAGGCGGGCACCGACGCCCUCCUGUCCACGAGCACCUCUACCCCACCCCAGCAGAACACCCGGCAGACAGCAGCCAUGUUUGGGGUGGUCAACGUGACGCCGGUGCCUGGAGACCUGCUCCGGGAGAACACCGAGGACGUGCUGCAGGGCGAGCACCUGAGUGACCAGGAGAACGCGCCCCCCAUUCUGCCUGGGCGGCCCCCGGAGGGGCUGGGCCCCGGCCUCCACCUUGCCCCGCAUCCUGGGGGUCCUGAGGCUGAAGUCUGGGAGGAGACAGAUGUCAACCGGAACAAACUCCGGAUCAACAUCGGCAAAACUCCCUGCAUGGUGGAAGAGGAGCAGAACCGAGGUGUGGGGGUCCCCAGCUCUCCCGUGCGUGCCCCACCAGACUCACCCACAACCCCGGUCCGUUCUCUGCGCUACCGGAGGGUCAACAGCCCUGAGUCGGAGAGGCUCUCCACUGCGGACGGGCGGGUGGAGCUACACGAGAGGAGGUCACGAAUGGAUCUACCUGGCUCCCCCUCACGCCAGGCCUGCUCCUCACAGCCGGCCCAGAUGCUGUCAGUGGACACUGGCCAGGCGGACCGGCAGGCCAGCGGCCGCAUGGACGUGUCAGCCUCGGUGGAGCAGGAGGCCCUGAGCAAUGCCUUCCGCUCCGUGCCGCUGGCUGAGGAGGAGGACUUCGACAGCAAGGAGUGGGUCAUCAUUGACAAGGAGACAGAGCUCAAGGACUUCCCCCCAGGGGCCGAGCCCAGCACGUCAGGCACCACGGACGAGGAGCCCGAGGAGCUACGGCCGCUGCCUGAGGAGGGUGAGGAGCGGCGGCGGCCAGGGCCAGAGCCCACUGUCCGGCCCCGGGGACGCAGCAUGCAGACACUGGCUGAGGAGGACCCACGGCAGACGCCAUUCCAGCCCCCACAACCUCAGCUGAGCCAGGCCGAUGGCCGGUCAGAGACAUCGCAGCCCCCCACACCCGGCAGCCCCUUCCACUCACCCCUGCACUCGGGACCUCGCCCUCGGCGGAGAGAGUCGGAUCCCACUGGCCCUCAGAGACAGGUGUUCUCCGUGGCACCCCCGUUUGAGGUGAACGGUCUCCCACGAGCUGUGCCCCUGAGCCUGCCCUACCAGGACUUCAAGAAAGACCUCUCCGAUUACCGAGAACGGGCUCGGUUGCUCAACAGGGUCCGCAGGGUGGGCUUCUCGCACAUGCUGCUCACCACCCCGCCGGUCCCACUGACUCCUGUUCAGCCUCAAGCUAAUGGAAAGGAGGAAGAGGACGAGGAUGAGGACGAAGACGAAGAUGAGGAAGAGGAGGAGGAGGAGGAAGAGGAGGAAGAAGAGGAGGAGAACGAGGAGGAGGAGGCGGAGGAGGAGGCGGUAGCCCUGGGGGAGGCGCUGGGGCCUCACAGUGGCUCCAGCAGCGAAGGGAGUGAGAGGAGCACUGACCGGAGCCAGGAGGGCGCCCCAUCCACGCUGCUGGCCGACGAUCAGAAGGAGUCCAGGGGCCGAGCCUCCAUGGCUGACGGGGACCUGGAGCCUGAGGAGGGCUCCAAAACGCUGGUGCUCGUCUCCCCUGGCGACAUGAAGAAGUCGCCUGUCACUGCCGACCUGGCCCCUGACCCAGACCUGGGCACUCUGGCUGCUCUCACUCCUCAGCACGAGCGGCCGCAGCCCGCCGGCAGCCAGCUGGACGUGUCUGAGCCAGGGACCCUGUCCUCCAUUCUCAAGUCUGAGCCCAAGCCCCCCGGGCCUGGGACAGGACCGGGGGCCGCGGCAGCGAUCACAGGGGCAGGGGGAGUGGCAGUCACCUCCUCACCCUUCACCAAAGUCGAGAGGACCUUUGUGCACAUUGCAGAGAAAACCCACCUCAACGUCAUGUCUUCCGGUGGACAAGCCUCACGGCCUGAGGAGCUCAGCUCUGGCGGUGAGCUGGGCCUGGAGGUGCCCUCUGAUGGGAGGGCUGCAGAGGAGGGAAGCUCUGUGCCCCUGGAGAAUGGGAUAGCCCCGUCAGGGCUGGAGAGCUGUGCCCUGUCUGGCCCUCCUGGGGGCACCCCCUUGGAGAUGGCCAUGGACUCACUGCCCAAUGGCCCAUCCCUUGCCGACGGGCCAGCCCUAGCAUCCUCGCUGGAACCAGGCCCCGAAAAACUGGCCACCAUCACCCCCAGCCACCGUGCCAUGCCGGGCCCUCGCUCCAGGAGCCGCAUACCUGUCCUGCUGUCUGAGGAGGACACGGGCUCGGAGCCCUCGGGUUCAUUGUCGGCCAAAGAGCGGUGGGGCAAGAGGGCGAGACCGCAGCAGGACCUGGCCCGGCUGGUGAUGGAGAAGAGGCAGGGCCGCCUGCUACUGCGGCUGGCCUCUGGGGCCUCAUCCUCCUCCAGCGAGGAGCAGUGCCGCGCCUCUGAGACGCUAUCAGGCACGGGCUCCGAGGAGGACACGCCCGCCUCAGAGCCCUCGGUGCCCAGGAAGGCCGGGCGGGCAGCUACCACCCGAAGCCGGAUCCCCCGCCCUAUCAGCAUCCGCAUGCCCACACCCGCCCAGGCCCAGCAGCCCCCUGGCAGACCCCAUGGCUCGGCCCCAGCACCUGACACAGCCAUCACCAGCAGGCUCCAGCUGCAGAAGCCCCCAGGGUCGGCCACUGCCGCUGACCUCCGCCCCAAACAGCCUUCUGGACGCGGCCAUGGCCCCGGGCGAGCCCAAGCCAGCACCAGGCCUCAGGCCCCUCGCAGUCCCGGUCUCCCAGCCUCCACCGCGCGCAAUCCCAGCGCGUCCCCCCGAAGCCAGUCCCUGUCCCGAAAAGAGAGCCCUUCUCCGUCGCACCAGGCCCGGCCCGGGGGCCCUCCAUCCCGGGGCGCCCCGCAGGCCCGGCCCGAGCCUGAAGGCACCCCCUCCCCGGGGGGCCCCAAGAAAGGACCCAGAGGGAAACUCCAGACUCAGCGCGCAGCAACCAAAGGCCGGGCAAGUGUCGCGGAGGGCCGGGCCGGGGCCAGAUAAUGAUGCGCGGGGCUCUGCGCGGCCUCCCACCCUCACUCCAGCCCCCAACCUGCAGUCGGCCACACUGGAACAGCUCCCAGCACAGCCUUACGCGCCCCACGCGCGCCACCCGCGGCCCCAGCUUCCCGCCCGCAUCCGCACCAGCGCGCGCCAGCACCCGCCUCGCCCUCCCGCCUGCCGGGCCCGACCGGUGGGGGGCGCCGUGUCGCCGGGGUCGCGCUCGUUUCCCCUUCCUUCCCGUCACCUCCCACUUCCUGCCGCCCCUCAGGUGGGGCUGGCUCACCCUCCGCCCCGGGAAGGCUCAGCCACUCUUUACCGAGGACUCCGCUAAUGGGGACACCCCGCUCACCCACUAGGCCUCUGCUGCUCUCCAUGCUCCACCCCCCAACUCACCUCUGCUUGCACCUACAGAGCCUUUCCCUACUCCCAACACUCUUCCAGCCAAAGCCCUCCUACCCCCUUUUCAGAAAGGCAGCCUCAAAUUCUGGAAGUGGAGGCUUCAGCCUCCCCUAGGGGUCAACCCCACAGUUUCCUGGGAGGGACCUCUUCUCAGUAGCUAGGCUGGGGUUGGGGAGGUGGGACCUAGAGGCCACUGGUCUACUCAGGUGUGAUGGGGCAGGUAUGACCAGCUCCAAAAGCAGCUCCAUCCUGGACACCCUGUAGGAGGCAGUGGGGAUUACUCCCCUGCACCUCUGAGGUGCAAAGCCCCUCCUCCUCCUAAAUAUGGGUGGGGUCUCAGUGGGAACCAUAGAGUGUGUGUGGGCAGCCUGCCUGGCCAAGCAGGAAAUUGGAGGAGGGUCUGUAAAGAAGUUUCACCUGUCCCUUGGCCCCUGAUCUAGUGCUCAGGACCCCUCACCAUCAGGAAUUCCUUGUUGCCAUCUAACCUCAAUCUUGCCCACUGCAGUUUCGGCCAACUUGCUCCUCUCCUGGCUUCAGUGGAGGUGGAGAAUGGCUGGUCAUCAUCUCUUGCUGGCCCUUUGGAGAUUCAGGGACACAGUUCUGGCCAGUUCACCCUCCCUGUUCUCCUGGCUGUGACCGGCAUCUCCCCCAGUGGGCAGAGAGAGCAGAAACAGAUACACAGACAAACAGCUGGCCCCUGGACUCAAGGCAGAAAGACCCUUCUAAUUUCCAGAUUGUGUGCUUAUGUGGUGGACCCUGCUCAGGCCUCUCCUCCCCUGGUUUACCCGUCAGCCUGUCCCAUCUUGUUCUAAUUGCAAGCCAUGCGGCUGAGCUGUCCCUGUAGAAGGUGAGGACUGUGCAGCUCCACAAAUGGAUAGGGGCCUCCUCUUGGGCCGGGCUUCUGCAUAACUGUCAUCCCAGCUCAUCAUGAGCCUCAGCUGCCCACGGCUGGGCCAAGCAGUACUGUGGCUGCUGAAGGGCCAGCCAACCCUGCCAGUCAGGGUCAGGUCCCUGUCAGGCCUCCUCCAUCCUCAGCAUCCACAGCCUGUGUCCCCUGGUCCGCCCCCUCUGCUCUUCCCUGGGUCAUGGAGAGCAAGGCGAGACCACCGUGGGAGGAGGAAGGAAGGCCCCAGCAGGCCCAAGUGGUCCGGCAGCACCCAGCGACCAUUGCUUAGAAGGAUGCCCAUGAGGGAGUUGCCCAGGGAGUGGUCUGCUGGUGCCAGUGGAAGCCCCUCACGGAGAAUCAAGGCAGCAGGCUUGGGCAGCUGUUUCCAUGCCAAGGUGGUGGCUUCUCUGCAGACCAGCCUAGGGGAGGACUCCAGGGUGAACAGCCUUUGAGGUCCACCCCAUGCUGACACAGAAGCUCCCAGAACACUCAGGAAACCUCUCUGGACAGAGCCCUCCUUGUCAACCCGAGACCCUCCCAAGGCCUCUACUGCCCUCUGGGUCCAGCGGAGGGGGUGGAGGAGGGGCCACUCCCUCCCACCUAGAGCUUCUCUGAAUGACAAUCAGCUCCUGCCAGGUGGGGCCAGGGCAUGACCCCUGGUGCCCAGGUCCUGGGCCUGUUCCUUGCCACCAACCGAACUGUGAAUGUAGGGCCCCCAGCCUCACCCCUGACCCAGGACCAACAGCACCCUGGUUUGGUGUUGGGAGGAAAGGGGGGUGACCUGAGAGAGCCCAGGCCCAUCUCACCCCCCAGCCUCACCCAGCACUGAAGCUGGGCAGAGCUGCAAAACCCUGUCUGUCCCUGGGAAACCAGACCUCCCUAGGGCUCCCAAUUGAUCUCAGGCCUCUGCCUCAUUGAAUGUCACCAAGGUUGGGGAGGAGGAGCAGGGGUGAAUGUGGGAGGAGGCUAGAGGACUCUGUUUCUCUCCCCAGAAAGAGCAAGGGCAGAGGACACCACAUCUCCCAGCGCCCCACCCCCGCUGCAGCCUCUUGUCCGUUGAGCACCCAUCCUUACCACCAAGCUCCGUGGGUCCCGAGCCCCUUCUUUGUAACAGAAUGUCAUGCCACCAUUACCACUGCGCCCCUCCAGCACUUCCUCAUCAUGACAACCUGAGUCACUGGCUCAGAUGCGGGGCUGCUAACCCCGGGAUACGCCUUCCCUCCCCUGCCUCACUGUGCACCAAGGGGAUGCAGGGGAGGGGCUGUGCCCCAGGCACAUGGGCUCCCCCCUUCCCAGCCCCUCACAGGGGCCUGGCUUGCUCAGUCUUCUCAGCUCCAGGGACCAGCUCUGGUGGUCAGGGGUGGGGGUGGGGCAGGGAGUUGCCCUCCCCUUUCCCAGAGAAGCCACUGAAGAAUGUUUACAUGCCAAACAGAAUGUAACACCUUCCCCCACCCCAUCCUAGUCACUGCAUGGCCUCUGCCCACCCUACACCUGUUCACCCCCCACCCGCCCCCACACACACCCUGGAAGCCGCUGUCAUGAUUAGAUCGGGUCUCAGAAGGGAAGUAGCCAUCACACCAUUAAAAAGCCUGUGGACCUUUCUGUUGACCUGGACUCUUCUUCCUUCGGGAGAGAGGGCAGAGCCCAGGAGCUGGCCUGGCGGUGGGCAGGAGAGGAGAGCAGAGCACAGGUUGG